CUAAUACCUUUUUUCAUGAAUGGUGCAGAAUUUAAGCCCCUGAAGCUUAGAUUGGGUGGCACUUUGCAAGAUAAGCUCAUAUAUGAUACUGAAGAUCACAAGCAGCCAUGCAUUUCUUUUAAAAGAAACACCAAAGAGUUGUUUGGCUUCACUCAAGGCUGCUUACCCCUUGACAGAUGGGAUAAACUAAAUGACUUCUUCAAGAAAGGAGGAGCUAAGAUUAUCUUUGGAUUAAACGCUCUCAAUGGACGAAAGUUUGCAUCAGAUGGGUCCGCUGUAGGGGCUUGGAAUUACACGAACGCUGAAUCGUUCGUGCGUUAUACUGUCAAAAAGAACUACACAAUCCAUGGUUGGGAGUUUGGGAAUGAAUUGUGUGGGAGUGGAGUUGGAACAAGAAUUUCAGCAGAACAGUAUGCUUCUGAUACAAUUGUUUUUCAGAAGAUGGUCCAAAGCAUCUACAACGGUGUCCAAACUAAGCCAUUAACCAUAGCACCAGGAGGAUUCUUUGAUGAAAAUUGGUUCAAAGAAUUCGUUGAUAAAACUACCCCAACACUGGAUGCUGUCACACACCAUAUAUACAAUCUAGGAGCAGGUAUCAACCACUAGCCAAGUAAGACCUUUAUGAA